UGAGCCAAUAGGAAUGGAGGGGGCGGGGCUUGGCGGUCAGCUGACCAACGCGGAAGGAGGAGAUGACCACAGCACUGACUCAGGGCUUGGAGCGAAUCCCGGACCAGGUGGGAUACCUGGUCAUCAGUGAUGGAGCCGUGCUGGCUUCAUCAGGGGAGCUGGAGAACGACGAGCACACAGCCGCGGUGCUGACGGAGCUGCUGGGAACAGCCUGUGGGAUGAGGCUGCACCGCGGGCAGCAGCCGCCCUUCAAACGGCUCUCGGUGGUGUUUGGGGAGCACUCCCUCCUGGUGACGGUGUCGGGGCAGAAGCUCUUCGUGGUCAAGAGGCAGAACCACGCCCAGGAGCCCGUCAGCGCCUGACAGACCCCAAAGGGGCCCAAAAUCACCCCAAAAUUACCCCAAAUCACCCCAAACUGACCCAAAAUCACCCCAAAUCACCCCAAAGUGACCCCCAAGUGUCCCCUCCCCACACUGUGUCAAUAAACCAUGGUCUCACCCGGCCCCAUUGCGGCUCCAUAUGGGGGAAAACAGGGUCUGGGGGAGGGGGGGGAUCCCAGUGACCCCAAAGGGACCAUAAAAGGACCCCAAAGGGACCCCAACAGUGACCCCCAAGUGUCCCCUUUGCACCAUCUCUGUUCCAGCGCUUUAUUGUCACACAGAUGCAAUAAAUAACAGCAUUAAAGUGC